UCAGUUCGUUGAAUAGACGCUGAUCCAACAUUAUUUAUUUAUUUUAAUCCGAAGCCAUCACAGUUAAAACAGUGGAUUUCGACUAGCAAUUUAGGACUAGAGUGACUAUCAAUAAUUCCAAAAUGUCUAUCGGUGUACCAAUUAAAGUUUUGCACGAAGCAGAAGGACAUAUUGUGACUUGUGAAACAACAACCGGCGAAGUAUACAGAGGGAAAUUGAUCGAGGCUGAAGACAAUAUGAAUUGCCAAAUGCAAAACAUAACUGUGACUUAUCGUGAUGGACGAGUAGCUCAGUUAGAAAAUGUAUACAUUCGAGGCAGCAAAAUCAGAUUUCUUAUUUUACCGGAUAUGUUAAAAAAUGCGCCCAUGUUUAAAAAAGUUAGCGGAAAAGGCACCGGUGGUGGGGCGGCCGGAAGAGGCAAAUCCGCCAUAUUACGAGCACAAGCUGCCAGAGGUAGGGGUAGAGCACAGCCAGGACGGGGAAAUGUGUUUCAAAAAAGACGCUGAGUUAUGUAAAUGGACAGGAGCUGUGAAAAUACUUUUACUGUGUAAAUAUUUUUAAAAGUCUGAGAGGCAAUGAAAAGUGAUAAACAAGCAAUAUCAAGUUCUUGCUAUUAUUGUUAAUGUCUAAAGUGGCAAAGAUCAGUGGUCCAAAUGCUUUCAGGAAUUAAGGCGUCUAAAAAGAAAUAAUAUUGCUAUAUAAACAUAAGAUUUCAAUCAGUGUGUAGUAUCCUGGAUUGUGAUUUGAAGAGCAUCUUUUAUUGAAUACCACACUAAAAGAGAAAUCUUUCUUUGUAACCAAUUGUGGACUGACAUUUUAGCUAUUUUCUCAACUGAAAUUUGUCCUCAUUUUAUUCCUUGUGUUUUGAUUAAUUGGUCAUUAUGAUAAACUUAACUACCUUAUCAAGAUUUGAGCAAUGUAAUGAAAAUAUAUGACUACACUGUUGACAAACUAUGCCAUGUGUUUGAGAUAAAAGUUUGUACUUGUAAGAAAGAAAUCAUGCCAUUUUUCAUUUUGUAAAUUAUCAAAUCUUUCAUAAAUAAAAAAGAAAAGAUUACAUAAAAUA